AUGGUGGGGAGACGCUUAUUGGAGAUUGAAGAGAGAUUGGAAGACUUGGAGGCUCGUCUCAUGGUCGAACCUUCUAACUCACUAUCUGCAAAUAACCCUUCUGCUAACGACGAAGACUCGGAUGAUGAGGACGAUGAUGACGAAGAAGGAGAUACGGCUACCUCGACUACACUCUCCCGACUAAGGAAACACGCACAAGCAUAUCUCUUGCUCACACAUCUCACGCAAAAAGUCCUUGAUCAUCCCUUUGUCAUAGUCCAACAAUCUCGACUCUUGCGCGUCAGAAAUACGUUGCUACUGGAUCUAAGGACGGCUGUCAAACAGGCACAAGCGGCUGGUGUGGCAGGGAAACAAUUACUCGACUUCUUGGUCAUAUAUAGGGAGUUGGGAGAGACGGAAGGAGGUGUGGCGGCACUGAAAGGGGUCUAA